AUGCUUCCGUUUAAGGGAUGGGACCGUCGAAGGUCCUGGAGAAAACAAGCGUAUUUUGAAGAGUUAGAAAUCUCUAAUGAUAAUGAUGAUUCUUACUUAGAUGAACAAGCAACUACAAUGGCGAAAAGAUUACAAUGGCGCAUUGAUGGGGAGAAGGAUGAAUUAGAAGAUGAAAUACGCAAAAAAAUUACCGAAUUUAAUGGUAUUAUUUUCGAGAAAUGGUUUGAUUUUUUUAUCAAGUAUAUAGUUACAGCAACAAAGAAUAAAUGCGAACAAGAGGCCUUUGAUCUACUUAAGUUGGCUGGUAGAGCAAACGUCUUUUUCCAUAAUAUUCAUUAUACAACUGUACUCAAGUUAUUAUCAUUGGCGUGGGGCCUUCAUACGCGUAAUUUUUUGGUUGUAUGCGAGAAUGCAAGAUGGCUAUGUAAUUAUAAACCAUUUAAUAGUAAUUUGUAUGAUUUAUACGGAGCAGGGAUGUCUAGCGGAUCAAAUGCGUUAUCAUGCUUUGCAGCCGCAAAUUCCCAAAAAUAUUUUCUUCGUCAGGUCAAAUUGAUGGAUACUGGUUUUUAUCAGACUCCAAUAAUAAAAAGUAAUUUAGAAAAAUCGGAAGAUGGGUCGAAACAAAAACAUAUUUUGAAAAAAGCCAAUGUUCCAGAAAAACCGGUUGCAUCAUUAUUGUCACUCUAUGGACAUAUUUUAGCAUGUGCCAGAAGUUAUGUCGGAGCAAUCGGAUACUAUUCUCGUGCUUAUUCAGUUAAACCAAAAGAUCCUUUAAUUAGUUUGUCAAUGGGACUUGCAUAUAUGCAUCGAUCUAUGCAAAGAAUAAGUGAUAAUCGACAUUUACAAAUUAUGCAGGCAUUUACAUUUUUAUAUAAUUAUUAUGAAUUGAAAGAAAGAAACCAAGAGGCUGAGUAUAAUCUUGGGAGAGCUUUUCAUGAACUAGGUUUAUAUCAUUUAGCAGUUCCCCAUUAUGAAAGAUGUUUAGAGUUACCAUCUCUUCAACGAGUUUUUAGUGAGCAAAAAGGAAAGGGUAAGGCACCUGAAAAAAAUUCCAAAGAAUAUCCUAUUGCGAAUGAUAAUGAUCCUACGUGCCUUAGAAGGGAUGCAGCAUAUAACUUGUCAAUGAUAUAUGUUGAAAAUGGAUCUCCUGGUCUAGCAGCAGUAUUAUUGAAAAAAUAUUGUACUAUAUAA